UUGGAUGCGUCUCAUCUUCCGCGCCGACGACAACCUCGCGCGGCGAGAUGUCGUCUCCUUGUGAUCGUGAUGAGAGCACGCACUGUCGCUUGCUCUCGGGGGAGCAGAAGAUGGCCGCCGAUUGGUCGACAGCGGCGAGCGUCGAGCGACGCGCGGCGAGAGCGAGACGGAGCAUACAUCACGACACGAGAGCGACCGAGACGGAUAUCAUCUGUCGUUACGUCGCCUGAUACAGAUUGUCCGGCGGGCGAGUUUAGGUGUAUCAUUGAGAGUGCGUUAUAUUAA